AUUAUUAUUAUUAUUAUUGCAAUAAAACUGCUCCCCUUCCCCACCCUCCAAUUAUGAAAGUGGUAACGCUGCUGAGGAUUGAGAUUUGGAGGGAAUUUGGAAAAGAAAAGAAAGACUCGAGUAUCAGAGGCGUGACCAGUGCUUUUGACGAUGCCUAAUUUCUGAAAGAGACGUCCGUCCGGUCUGCUGGCGCUUUUCUCCUGAGGACGACCCUGGCCUUAACCAUCAGAGCAGUGGACCGCGGCCAGAGGAGGCUGCCCCGGUCCCCGCGUGUCACCGGACCGCCUGAGCCGCUUCAGCCGCUGCCGGCCGCCGUCCCCUGUGCUGCGCGCCCCAGGCCGGACACCGGCGCCCGGCUGGGGCCUCCUCGGGCUGCCGCUAACCAUGCCCCGGCUGCGGGGGGCGCUGCGCGAUCCGGCCGGUUGCAGCUCCUGCCUGGGGGCGGCGCUGGCCCUGCUGCUGCUGCUGCUCCCCGCCGGCUGCCCAGUGGGGGCUCAGAAUGACACGGAGCCCAUCGUGCUGGAGGGCAAGUGCUUGGUGGUGUGCGACUCCAGCCCGUCGGCGGACGGCGCGGUCACCUCCUCGCUGGGCAUCAGCGUGCGCUCCGGAAGCGCCAAGGUGGCCUUCUCCGCCACACGGAGCACCAACCACGAGCCGUCGGAGAUGAGCAAUCGCACCAUGACCAUCUACUUCGACCAGGUGUUAGUAAAUAUUGGCAACCAUUUCGAUCUCGCCUCCAGUAUAUUUGUGGCGCCGAGAAAAGGGAUUUAUAGCUUCAGCUUCCACGUGGUGAAAGUGUACAACAGACAGACCAUCCAGGUCAGUUUAAUGCAGAACGGCUACCCGGUGAUCUCAGCGUUCGCCGGGGACCAGGACGUGACCAGAGAAGCGGCCAGCAACGGGGUCCUGCUGCUGAUGGAGAGAGAGGACAAGGUGCACCUCAAACUGGAGCGGGGCAACCUCAUGGGCGGCUGGAAGUACUCCACGUUCUCGGGCUUCUUGGUGUUCCCUCUAUAAAGGCAGCGCUGGGGCGGCAGGAGAGUUGCCACCGGGACCCAGGAACCCACCCUCCCUCACCCCCCGGACUUGGCCAAACCAGGACGACUCGUUUCCAAAUUCCAUCAGACCGUGUUGCGGUAGAAGAAUGAUUUCCUUCCACAUCUCCAGUAUUUUCCUUGAGUAUUGACCAUUCCUCGGGAACCUGGCCUCUAAUUAGUUUUAGAUGACAAGGUCUUCAGGAGAAAUGGUGUUAUUGAUCUGAGCAAUUUGUACCUGUGAUUGUAAAGUCGAUCUGGGAUUUUACGGUGGGGACCACUGGCGUUUCUUCGGUUGUCUGGAUGCCCCGUGGCUGCCCUGCCCAGACCUCAGGAUGGCUGACGGCAGGCUGCGGGCGGCGCCCAGAGCAGGAGCCCUGCGAGUCCCCUCGGCAGCCAGCCGGAACCGUGGUCUCCGUGUGUCUGUUCAGCCUUAAGAAAAAGGACGGCAUCGCUUUUGUUGUGUGUGUUUCCUGGGGAGGACGGGGGGACUCGG